AUGGGGGACCCCCUGUCUGACUGCAGCCCCCUCAUCAGUGCAGCAGCUUUGGGUAAGCUCCGCCUGGUCCGUCUGCUCUUGGAAGGAGGGGCCCAGGUAAACGGGCGUAACCCCAGAGGAGAGACCGCUAUCCUGGCUGCCUGUAAGGCCCUGAGAGGGGAGCCAACAGGGCCUGAGACAGUGAAACUCCUCACAUACCUCCUGCAGAAUAAGGCAGACCCCAAUGCACAGGACCGGGCCGGCCGUACCCCUCUGAUGUACGCCUGCAUGGAGCGAGCAGGGGCCCAGGUGGCAUCCACCCUGCUGGCUGCUGGAGCUGACCCCAGCAUGGAGGACUACUCUGGAGCCUCAGCCCUGGUCUACGCCAUUAAUGCACAGCACCAGCCGACACUAAAGGUGUUAAUGGAUGCCUGCCGUGCUAAGGGUCGUGACAUCAUCAUCAUCGCCACAGAGAUGGAUGUGAAUGGCGGCCCGGUUACCAGGCGUUACCUGAAUGUUCCUCCAUCCCCUGACACCUCCCCGGUGUCCUGCAUGUCCCCGUCUGACAUUGUCCUCAAGACAGGCUCACCCAACUCACCUGAGGGAGAAAACAUCUUCAACUUCAGAGGAACUAGCAAAAGAGGGAGUAGCAGCAGAAAUCCCCCAUGUGACCUGAGUCCAAUGAACCAGUCCGGUGCUCCUCCUCCCAGACAGAGAAUGUUAUCUGAACCAUGGCUGGCCAUUCAUAACCUGGCCUGUCUGAACAGGGCUUAUGAGGAGGGCAUGAGGGAGAGGAGCCUACAGGACAAGGGAGACAGAGAGGAUUUAAGGAGGGAGGGAGGAAGACAUGAGGAUGAGGAGAGAGAGGAUGAGGAUGAGAAAGCAAAUUUUCACCAGUCCAGGAUGGACUGGAGGAGGGGAAGCACGGCUCAGAGAAGGGAUAACAGAUAUGGAGGAUUGAGUUACAAUGACUUCCAUGAGGAUUUCUUUCCAAGGGUCUCUCAGUCACUCAUUUCUCUCACAGAAGUGUGUUCCUCUCAGGCAGCCCAGAGCAGGCUGGCCCCUGAAAGGCACUUGGCAUCUGGAGGUUCAACCUCUGACAGAAUGACCCCGAAGAGCUGUGUCGAUAAGCUUCCCGCUUGCUUCUCUCGUCGAAACACUCUACCCUCUGUGACGGUGGUGCCACCCCCUCUUCACCUUCCUCCCCUUGUCAGCCAAUCUGAAUCUCACCUACAGGUCCCAGCCCAGCUUUCACUUUGCAGAAGCACAAAUGUGGAGUUUCAUCCUCAUCCCCCCAGCCCCUCUCCAUCUUCCCCCUCAUCCAGAGCUUCUGUACGACCAGCUUUGCUGCCCUUGGUCGCUCCCCCUGCAUCUCCCUGCAGCGACAAGGGCAGGAAGUCACUCCGCCGCCACUCGGUACAGCUGGACCAGAUCAGAGGAGAGGAGACGACCCUCUCAGGCCUGUGAGACUGAUGACAGCACAUGCAGUCAAACUACAGCCGCACUGACUUUUUGUUCCAAUCCUUCAUGUUGCCGAGUGGAAACACCGCCAAGCCUCUGUAUUGUGGUUUUUGCACAUAAGAAAACUAAAAAUGUUCUUUUCAUAUCUGUAUGUAUAAUGUUAAGUAGUUUAUAUAUUAUAGGAUUUUAAAUGCUUUUCACUAUCUGACAGUUACACCUACCCUUACCUAAUAAUAGCACAAAAACAAUUUUUUGUACUUAGGUUAGUGGGGUUAUACUUUAAUCCCAUAGCUGACAAAAUAUUUAAAAUGAUGUUUCCUCUACAGUUUAGACUUGAGUAAUGAACUGCAGGAAUUUUGUGCAAGAUCUCUAUAUGUAACAUUUUAGAAAUUAACCUCAUUUGGUCUGGAAGUCACGAUGC